CUCUGCCCGCUGCUCUUUGGCACUUUGCUCUGCUGCUGCUCUCCAUAGCCAUCACUCUUCUCCUCUCGAGUCCUCUUCCUCUCUGUCUUCUCCUUCGUACUACAGAAUCAUCUACCUUCAAGCGCAUCACCGUGCCUUGAUUCUUCGGAUGUGAGCGGCGCACGGACAUGUCGGCGCCGGUUGCAGAAAUGUGCAGCCUUGGAUAAAGAUCAGCUGGAAUCCCCGGUAUAACCGCGGCGGAUCGAAGUCUAUCCCCUUCUGUCGCGGCGAAGUUCGGAUUACAUACCGGACGUGCGGAAAAUCAGGGCCCGACGCCUCGUUUCCCGCCGCUUUAAAGAUCGAUCUAAUCUUCUCUUUGCGAGAAGAACUCAGUCGCUGCGUGGUGUGUGAGGAUGAAGAGCCUCCAGUGCUUCAAGCAGGGCGGCGGCGGCGGGGGGAAUGGCGGGCAGGGGAGGCGGCUGGAGCGCCGGCUGUCGCUGGGGGACUACAAGAAGGCGGUGUCCUGGUCCAAGUACCUGGUGGCGCCGCCGGGGGCCAAGAUCCGCGGCGGCGGCGACGAGGAGCUCUGGAGCGCCGACCUCUCCAAGCUGGAGAUCCGGGUCAAGUUCGCCUCCGGGAGGCACAGCCGCGUCUACUCCGGCAGGUACGCCGGCCGCGAGGUGGCCAUCAAGAUGGUCAGCCAGCCCGAGGAGGACGCCGCGCUCGCCGCAGAGCUCGAGCGCCAGUUCGCGUCCGAGGUCGCGCUACUCCUCCGCCUCCGCCACCACAACAUCAUCUCGUUCGUCGCAGCAUGUAAGAAACCACCAGUAUUCUGUAUCAUCACAGAAUACAUGGCAGGUGGUUCCCUCCGGAAAUAUCUGCAUCAGCAAGAGCCUUAUUCUGUUCCUAUUGAAUUAGUCCUGAAAUUAGCUUUAGACAUUGCUCGUGGAAUGAGCUACCUCCACUCGCAGGGGAUACUUCAUAGAGAUCUGAAGUCAGAGAAUGUGCUUCUCGGGGAAGAUAUGUCAGUUAAAGUGGCAGAUUUCGGGAUUUCAUGUCUAGAGUCGCAGUGUGGAAGCGGCAAGGGGUUUACAGGAACUUAUAGGUGGAUGGCUCCGGAAAUGAUCAAAGAGAAAAGUCAUACAAGAAAAGUUGAUGUGUACAGCUUCGGAAUUGUCUUGUGGGAGAUUUUAACAGCGUUGGUUCCAUUUAGCGAGAUGACUCCUGAGCAGGCUGCCAUAGCUGUUGCACUGAAGAAUGCAAGGCCACCACUGCCUCCUUCAUGCCCCUUAGCCAUGAGCCAUCUGAUAUCUCAGUGCUGGGCGACCAACCCAGAUAGAAGGCCACAGUUUGACGACAUUGUUUCAGUCCUUGAGAGCUACAAAGAAGCUCUGGACGACGACCCAUCGUUCUUCGUGUCAUACAUACCGCCUCCUCUGCAGCACCAACAGCACCAGCAGAGCCUUCUCCGGUGCUUUCCUCGCUACAAAUCUCUGCGACGAUCCGCAUCUCUCAAAGCAUGAUGCUGGGAUUGCCUUCUUCACCAUGUAUAAUAUGCACCUUCCUGCGAGUUUCUUAUCGAUGCGCCAGCCCCUCUAUUAUUGCGGCAUUUAGGCUUGCUCCGAUUUCGUUCUCAUUUUCUUCUUUAUGAUAAUCAAUUAAUUGAUCCCAUUGAAGCUUCUAGAUAUGACAAAGCAGUUCCUCUGCAGAUUAUCUAUCGAUGCUAUUUAGUACUUAAGUGAUGGAACCAUUGGCUAGCCUCUGAAAUUGUAAUUAUAAUUGAGCAUUCGUACUUGA